UCAGGCGUUCAGUAAAUCCAGGAAGUGCUGCGACUGCAGACCGAGAGACAGAGGACAGAACCAUGGCCAAUAUUCAGAUCAGGAAGUAUUGGGAUGAUGAUGACAAGACAGUGAAGGAAAUCUUCACCUUGGGGAUGAGUGAGCACGUGCCUUCAGCCUUCAUGCACAUUCUGAAACAGCCGCUGACCCAGAUGUUGCUCAUGUGUGUGUUCUGCACUUUAAUGACCAGCUCCAAGUCCUUCUUGCUGCCCAUCCUGGCUGUUACCCUUCUGCUGGCUGGCAUUCGACAGUUUGUCAUCUACAUGUUCAGUGAAUACAUUGACACAUCCCUCAGGUUGGACCUCUGCAACAUCAGGGAGACUUACAUGGAGAAGGAGGAUUCAUGCUUUUGGGUUGCUGAGAUUGAUGGUCAGGUUGUUGGCACCGUGGCUUGCGUGCGAAAUAAGGAGCACCCAGACUGUUUGGAGCUGAAACGCAUGUCUGUCAGGCGUAGUCACCGUGGGAUGGGCAUUGCUAAGGCUCUGUGUCGGACAGUGUCUGAUUUUACCCGUGACAGGGGCUACAGCGCUGUGUACCUUGUCACAUCUGUGGUGCAGACAGAUGCUCAGAAGCUGUAUGUGCACAUGGGCUAUGAGAAAAUGAGGGAAUUUCUUGUUCCUCAGCUUUUUGCCAAAGUCACGAACUUCACUCUAUUUGAGUUCAGGCUCAAUUUACAGCAAGGUGUGCAAAAGGAUUGAUUAGACUGGAACAAACAAUGAUUGUGUGUUGUUGCAGGGUGAAAGUAUUGUCCACUUUCAAUGUUUAUGACUUCAGGAGAAUGCAUUAAUCAUAGAGCAGGUAAACUCUUAGAACAAUGCAGGUGAUCAUUUAUCCUGUUAAACCCAGUAAAAGUACAAGGUUCACCUUCUGUAGUUAGAGUGGAAGGCUUGAUGAUUGAUGCAUCCCCCUUUGGUAUGAGAGUGAUUGAAUAAUACAGGCGUAAAUCCUGGUUGUUCAUUAUUUGCUUUAAUUAAGCAUUUGCAAUCAUUAGUAAGAUUCCAUGACUGGUUAAAAUUUUUCCUCUUACAGUAAAUACUGUGCUACAGUGUGAUCAAGAUUAGCCAUAAUUAUCUUUAUUUUGAAUGCGUUUGCCUGUCGUUCUCUUAUUGAAUAGUUCCAUCUGUAAAGCUUUAUUUCAGAUAUUAUUUAUAAAACCUGUUUUAAUUCAUGAUAAAA